AUGGAUAUAUCAGAGCUUCUAGCGGACUCGCCGGAAUACGUCUGCGAGACGUGUCUCCACGACUUCGCUCGGUCCGAUCACCUUCGUCUGCAUCAACGACGAUCCUGUCGAGGCGUUCCAUCUCAGCCAUGUCAGCUGUGCGAGAUAUGCUGGCAGUGGGUGAAAGGAAAUCGCCACCAUCUCGGGCGCCACCAGCGAGGCUCCCGGUGUCUUCCACUGGGUGACCGUAUCGCGCGCCGCAAUCAGGUCGCUGAUGCGAGGCGCCAGAGGGAUGCGGCGUGGCACCGCCAGAGGCGUCAACAACGCCGCGAUCAAGCGACUGAUGAUGCCCCGGAUGAUGCGACGGAAGACUCGCCGAACGCUCCUGCCCUAUCCCUUGCGACCAACAGCCGGGAUCACGAAGAGGCGUCUGGUUCGGCUGAACCGCUGCGUAAUCAGCUUGAUGACCUACUUUACAGCAGCGAUGGGGAAAAAGGCGACGCGGAUCGGCAAGAAGGCGUAACUGACGACACGUCAACACCUGUACGACGUGAAGAUGUUCUAGACCUGCUUGAAAUUGCUGAUUUCGAGUGGAAUGAGAUCGAUUUGGGCGCUCCGCCUCCGGAAAGGCAGGAGGAUCAAGCCCAGGGUGACAGCCAAGAGCAAGAUGGGCAAGACAGAGUUGAAGAUGCAGCAGAAAAUGUGCAAUGGAGAGACGGUGUGACCGACUGCAACAUCUGUCUCUUCCCUCUCGACAGCAAGAUUUGGGUGUGUGAGCGUGAGACAUGCCGCCAACCGUACCACCGGGAGUGCGUGAAGGAACAAAUCGCGAUUGACGCACGGUGCAGCAACCGCCGAGCUCCAAUUCAUCUUGACGUUGAAGAUGACGAGGUUUUGGUUGUCAGGCAUGUGGAUGCGCCACCGACGUGCACGGUCUAUAAGCGCGUCGUCACUGGAACGAUGCUCGAGGGUCCGCAGUGCAGCCACAUCUUCGACUACGACUGUUUGGUGCAGUACAACGCGCAAUUCUUGGGGAAUCUCAGGAGCAGGGAUUUGAAGUGCCUCGUGUGCAAUCAUCCCUUUCCCAUCCCUUCUGAGUUUGUUUCCGACGAAUCUGAUGCUGAGGACGCUCAAGCUGGAUAUCGCGGCAACGGCGACAACGCAUUCGACUAUACGGAAGACCAGGAAUCGUCGCAGGAAGAAAUGACGGGUGGAGUGACCAACGACGAAAACGUCGUCGAGUACCACCAGAGCGACUUCGAUAGCUCCUCGGACUCGGACGGGGACUACAAUCCCGGCGACGAAGCCUAG